AUGGCCUCCGCCACUUCAGCCGCAGCCUCCAUGCUCCUCUCCGGAGCUUCCUCCUCCUCCUCGGCCGCCGCAGCUGAUCUUCAUGGCCUAAACUUCUCCCUCUCCGGCAAUAGCAACAUUCCAAAACCUAAAUCACCGUUCCUCCAAACCUCUUCUUCAGGCCACCCAACCGUUACUCUCGACCUCACAACCUCCUCCUCGUCGCAGCAACCAUUCUUAUCAAUGCUUAAUAGGUUCAGUGCUCCUCCUAGUAAUGUCUCAAGAUCUAAUAGCUAUCCUUCAACCAAUCUCAACUUCUCAAACAGCACUAACACACUGAUGAAUUGGGGUGGUGUUGGUAAUCGCAAUGAGCAAUACCGUGCAGCUUACGGCAACAUUAGCACCCUUCAGCAAUCACCAUACCACCAUGUGAUUCAAACCCGAAUUGCCGGGUCAUCUUUGGACCCAUUUGGAAGGUCGUCUUCAUAUUCACCACAUCCUACACAAACCAAUCUUGAUUACGUUGGAAUCAAGAGUAUUACUCAUCAAGUGCAAUAUUUACCGGCGGAAACAAUCAAAGCCAUUACGACAAAUUCAAAUUUCCAGUCGGCUCUUGCUACUGCUCUAUCUUCCAUUAUGGGCACAGAUGUAAAAAUGGAUAAUGUGACUAGAAAUGAAGCUGAGAAGAGCCCUUGA